UCGUUUGACUUGGAUUUUGUUUAUUUAUUUACAUUUUUAUAAGUACAUACCUUCUUAAAUUUAAUGAGAUUUUAAAUAAAUAAAAAUUAUAGAGAAGUAAGUAAUUUCACCAGGGAAUCCCAAAAUAUGAAUUCCACAGCCGACGAUGAUGAUUAUUGGAACACAAGUUUGACGAAAUCACAAGCUUUAAUAUUCGAUGACGAUGUUCUUUCUACACAAGAAAUCUUAGCUAUUGGUCAGCAAGCAUCACCAGUUAAAACAGAAGAGAGUAUUUUUAAUACUACAAUUUCUAACACAAAACCAGCUCUGUUGCCAAUAUCGAGCCUUGUAUCGCCAAAAGUAUUGGAUCUCAUUCUCCAAGCCCAAUCUGGCAACGUCCCUAGCAAGGAACCGAAUCUAGAACCACAGGAGACUGUAGCUGUAACUUUGAAACGAUUGGUUUUGGGACGUCCAUACUCAUUACACAUACAUCGUAGUUUGAAGAGCAAGAAGGAAUUACUUGAUGGAGCAAUAGCUAUCGGAGAUGGGAAUGCUAUAUUGACUGUAGUACUCUUCCUCAUUCAGACCUUGAACAAGAAGAUGGUUUGUGAGUUGCUGACUGCGCGGUCCUCAGCCCUGAACCACUACAUCAGCUUCCUAAGGAAUGAGGGCAAGAUUACGGAGCUCACAGAUCUGCUCACAAUGCUCGGGAGAAGUUCAGAAGCAGCUAUAUACCAGUUCCAGCACCACGUGAAGACGCAAGGCCACAACGUGGACGGUCUGAUGGGGAAGCUGGCCAACAUGCUGGCGAACCAUUUCACCCAGCCGGGGAUCGACGCGCAUCAGUCCAAGAUGGUCGCUGAUUAUGUUAAAUUAUUAGAAUGGCAAAAACACGUGAACAAACCGGAACUAAUGAACGCAUCCCCCCUAUAUUGUUUGUCAUUUUGCUGCACGAAUCAUUGGCACGAGACGGCAGGCAAUAUGAUGUCACCGAUGACUGUCUGUCAGAGGCAACAGGUGCCACCUCUCCAAUAUGACUGGGUCGUGUUGAACGUACAAGCGAGACUGAAGAAAUGGGACAUCGUGGAAUCUCUGUUUACGAAAAAGGACUGGCUCGGACGUACAACAGUAUCGUCUCACAUUCCAAUAGAGAUCCUGUUAUCCAGACUGAGUGAGUUGCAAGCCGGCGGUCGUUUUUUGGAGACAUGUGUCAACAAGGUGGCUAACUCCGAAGAUAGAUUGAGAUUCGCGCAGAUGUAUAAGAUACAUUCCGUAGUGAUAGAGACGUUUGCCAAGAAUAAAGACAGAAUAUCGCUGACCAACUACAAGAUGACAUUGAGUCCACAAUCAGAAGAUUAUAUACUUGCUGAGAAUACUCUUAGAGAUAAUUCUAUAAAAUGGAAAAAUUGAGAAGAUUUCGCGGUUAUUGAAGAGUUUUUAUAAGUGAAUUAUUUAGAAAAUCUACUACUACAUUUUUAGAAGGCCGCUCAUUUGAACUUGGAGUGGGCACAGAAUUAAGAAAUAACCUUUAUUUAUUUAUCAGAUUAAAAGUUUAAAAAUAAUUUUACAGAAUUAUAAAGGUAAGGGUGUGUAAUUGUGAUCUUGUAUUUAUGUACAGAACUCCUAGAAUAAGGUUUAUUAUAUUUAAAAUGUUUAAAUGUAUAUAUAAUAUUUUAC